AUGACGGUGCCUGUUCCCUCCACUCCUCCGCCCCCUCGGGAUUUCCUCACCGAGUACUCUCUAGGCCGUCACUUAGGCAAGGGCGCGUUUGGCGAGGUCUUAGAAUGCACGCAUAACGCGACGGGUCGCCAGUUCGCCUGCAAGAGAAUCGACAAGCGAUUAAUCACCUCCGAGUCGGACGCCGCGGAAGUGCGGAAGGAGGUCGCGAUUCUGCAGCAGCUCACCGCCGCGGGCCCGAGCCGCCACGGCGGAAUCGUGCAGCUCGUCGAGGCGCUAGAAGACGGCGCCGCGGUGUACCUCGUUAUGGAGCUAUGCGAGGGCGGGGAUCUAUUCGAGCUGAUCAAAUCCGAUCACGCGGCGGGCAUGCCGGAGGACAUGGCGCGGGAGAUAUUCCGCCAGGUGGCGCUGGCGGUGGCGUACUGCCAUGCGCGCGGCGUGCUGCAUCGCGAUAUUAAACCCGAAAACAUCCUCUUCACAGGCCCCAACCAGUCCGCACCCGCCGCAGAUUCCUGCGCGGAAUUCGGCGCAGAAUUUGGGGCCGCGGAAUGCUCGCAGGAAGAUUCCGAGGAUUAUUCCGCCGCCGCGUGGCGCUGGCGGGUGCGCGUGGCAGACUUCGGGCUCGCGCUCUUCCUCCCGCACGGGCAGAUGGGGCACGGCAUGGCGGGGAGCCGCUUUUACACCGCGCCGGAGAUGGUCCGCGGGCGCAAAUACGGCAAGCGCGCGGACGUCUGGAGCAUGGGCGUGGUGCUCUGCGCCAUGCUCACGGGGCGCGUGCCCUUCGCGGGGAAGGACCGCGCGGACGCGGAGGGCCUGCGGAGGUCGAUUCUCCGCGGGGCGAUCAACUUCUCCGCGCCCGCGUGGGCGCCCGUGAGCACGGGCGCGCGCGACCUCGUUCGGCGCAUGCUGGAGGUGGAUCCGCGCAGGCGGCUCAAGGCGGCGGAAGUGCUGCAGCACCCGUGGGUGCUCGGGCUCGAGCUGCCGGAUCUCACGGCGGGAGAUGCGGCGGCGGAUGUAAUGUCGGCGGACCCUGCGGGAUCCGGGGAAAAGCCGCCUCUUGGUUCCGCUACAGAGCGAUUCAAUAAGGUCUGGCAGCAACAGGAUCGCCCGCAGCAGCUCCCAACGUGCCACCCAACCACCCCGCCCCCUCCAUCACCAGUCUGCACCGCUCUCAAAACCCCCUUUCCUCUUUGCGGAAACGCACCUCCCCUUGCCCCGCAACAACCGCUCAACCUGCCCGCACCAGCAGUUUCUUUCUCGGGCUGCCCGUCGUUCAACUCCCCCUGCCCGUCACAGUCCUCCGCGUCUCAGUCCACCCCACCCUCCUCCGCCUCUCGCUCCUCCCCGUCCCGCUCCUCCCCACCUCCUCUCUCCUCCUCUCUCUCCCCAUCGCUCUCCAACUCCACCGCCACCUCAGCGUCAACUUUCACUCGAAUGGAAGCAGCAGACAUGGAUGAUUGCGGCAUGGCGGAUGGGGCUAGUGGCGUGGAUGGCAUGGCUGCGGAUGGCAUGGCAGGGGACGCGUCUCUUUCCAUUCCGCUCAGCCUCUGCCCGCCGCCCAUUGCCGUGUGCCGGAAAAAGAGCCGCCGGGAGGAGUACGAGGAAGCUUUUGUUCCUGGCUCUCCCUGCUAUUCACCAGAGCAGGUGUUCGACGUGGUGGCCGGGGUGGAACACUACUCUGCCUUCCUGCCCUGGUGUGUGGGCUCGCAUGUGCUGUGGCGGGCACCGGAUGGCAUGGAGGCGGAGUUAGAGAUCGGGUUCCACAUGCUGCGGGAGAAGCUCGCUCUGCAGACACGGGCAGUUCUUACCUGGGAGUUCCUACCUGGCAGCUCGUUAAGCGGACACGAGUCCCUUCCACCCUCUGGACAACCAUUGGGAGUUCUUGUCUGGCCGCCUCUCCGGCUCAAACCCCUCCUCAUUGCCUUCCUGAACGCCCUUCUUCUAACCUCCCCAUCAUUUCUGCAGGCACGCUCAGCAGACAUGGGUCGCUUCCACCAUCUGGUCAACCACUGGGAGUUCGCUCCUGGCCGCCUUCCCGGCUCGAACCCCUCGUCCUUGCCUUUUGUAUCACUCUUCCUUCCUGCCCCUCCCUCAGGCGCGUUCAGCGGGCACGGGGCUCUUCCACCAUCUGGACAACCACUGGGAGUUCUCCCCUGUGCUCAGACCCCCCGGCCCAUCUCACAUUUCUCUUGCACCUGUGCCCUUCUUCUAACCUCCCCGCCAUUCUCGCAGGCUCAUUCUGCUGACACGGGGCUCUUCCACCAUCUCGACAACCACUGGGAGUUUAUUCCACCAUCUGGACAUCCACAGGGAGUUCGCCCCAAUGCUCAGAACCGCCCUCUCGUACCUCUGCCCUAUCAGGCUCGUUCGGCGGACACGGGGCUGUUCCACCAUCUGGACAACCACUGGGAGUUCGCCCCUGGUCGCCUCCCCGGCUCCUGCCUGCUCUCCUUCUCCGUUGACUUCCAGUUCCGCUCCCUGCUCUACACCCAGGUGUGCUCUACACCCAGGUGGGCUCUACACCCAGGUGUGCUCUACACCCAGGUGUGCUCUACACCCAGGUGUGCUCUACACCCAGGUGUGCUCUACACCCAGGUGUGCUCUACACCCAGGUGUGCUCUACACCCAGGUGUGCUCUACAUCCAGGUGGGCUCUACACCCAGGUGUGCUCUACACCCAGGUGUGCUCUACACCCAGGUGGGCUCUACACCCCGGUGGGCUCUACACCCAGGUGGGCUCUACACCCAGGUGGGCUCUACACCCAGGUGGGCUCUACACCCAGGUGGGCGCUACACCCAGGUGGGCUCUACACCCAGGUGGGCUGGGCUGUAA